UUUUAAUUUGUUUCUUUUUGUCCAUUGAUCAUCUAUAGUUUUUUUUCUUUUCAAAUUCAUUAAACAAUGAAAACUUUACUUUAUAUAACGAAUUGUUUAUAAGCCCGAAACUGCCCAUUCGAAGUGCCUGUUAAGGGUCGGAACCAGCUGGUAGCUGGUUCCGACUUGUGAAUCGGCGGUUUCUAACUAUAAACAAUAUAAGAAAAGUAAUAAAUAAUAUAAGAAAAGUAAAGUAAAUAAAUAAUUGUACCUUUCCUUUUUUCAAAAUAUAUAAUAGUUAAAUUUAAUUUGGACCAUUAACUCUUAGUUGAAAUACCAUAUGAAUAGCUCUCCCCUUUAAAUAGCUACUCCCCUUUGAGACAAGUGGCAAACCUUAAUUAGGUAGCCCUCAGUUGUAUAAAUAACCAUUGCUAUAACAUACAUUUUAAUCAUAUUCAACCAGCUUUGUAUUUCCCAAGUUUUAUACAUUCUAUAUAUAUUCUCUGUGUUAAUUAGUUUUCUUGAAAAUAUUUAAUAAUAAGCAGAAAAUGGAUAACUCCAACAACAUGAGCUACCAAGCUGGAGAGGCCAAGGGCCAAGCUCAGGAAAAGGGAAACCAGAUGAUGGAGAAGGCUAGCAAUGCUGCACAGUCCGCCAAAGAAUCCAUGCAGGAGGCUGGACAGCAGGCUCAGGCAAAGGCACAAGGUGCAGUUGACUCAGUGAAGAAUGCCACCGGAAUGAACAAAUGAUGAGAGAUAGAGCUUCAAUUCAUUGUUUUUCAUCUGCCCUAUGUUGUUUUUGACUUUCAGUCCCUUUUUUUUUUUUUUUUAAAGUAGUUUUUCCCUUUGGUGAUUACGUAGGAUCGAUAAACGAAACAAUCGUGUUUCCGCUCAGGGCAGAGGGAGGGUUACCACUAGCUUAGCCAUUAGGGUUUUAAAUCGGAUUUUGAAUGGUUGAAUUCCACUUAUUUCGAUUU